AUGGAACAGCCCAAAGGAGUCAACAUUCUCAUCACCGGAACUCCGGGCACUGGCAAGACGACCAUGGCAGCCAGCAUCGCCCAGGAACUUGACAACUUUGAGCACAUUGAGGUGGGCAAGCUGGUAAAGGAGCAUAAAUUCUUCAGCAGCUACGACGAGGAGUUUGACACGCACAUAAUCGAGGAGGACGACGAAGACAGACUGCUAGACUACAUGGAACCUCUUCUCACCGGCACCAAGAAGAAUGUCGUUGUCGACUACCACAGCAGCGAGCUCUUUCCGGAGCGCUGGUUUCAUCUUGUCAUUGUCCUGAAGACGGCAACGGAGAAACUGUACGAGCGCUUGCAGACUCGCCACUACAAUGAGACCAAAUGCGCGGAGAACAUGGAAGCCGAAAUCAUGUGCGUCUGUGAGGAGGAGGCGAAGGAGGCGUACAAGGAGGACGCCGUGAUCGUCUGCGUAAACGAUACACUUGAGGAGAUGGUGGCCACGAUUGACCUGAUCCGCGAUCGCGUGGAGGAAAUCAAAGUGGCGAAAGGGUUUGUGUGA